AUGGCAUUCCAAUACCGUCCCGACGAGCCGCAGUUCUCCAAUUUCUCCCCGAACCCGCUCUCUCCUCCUCGCAACCCGAAUCGUUUGAGUGCCGGAGUUAUGGCGAGCAACACUGCUGAGGGGAGGGGGAACAUGACGAGGAGGUUCACGACGAAUGGGUUGCCCACGCUGUCGCCGAUCGGGCAGCAGAGAUUACAGGCGGCGGGGGAUACACAGAUGGUGAGUGAUCGCUUCUCUUUGCCCGACAACGGACAAGAGGCGGUGGGAGAUGUUGCGGAGGCUGUAGCGAGGAUUGUGCACAGUCAUGCGAUGGGUAAGGUCGCAGAUCUCAUCAUGGGGAGCGAGCCAUCGCCGGGUCUGGUGGGUGAUUGGCAUGGAGGGCAGUCGGAGCGCAAGAUUCGUCAAGUCGAAGCUCUCCUUGAGCAGCAGCGUCGCAUCAACGCCGAACUCGAGCAAGUUGACGACCAGACUCGCCGCGAAGUCGAGCAAGGCCUACGUCACGAGCGCGCGGUCAGCCAGAUGAUAGCUCAGAGCGAGCCCACGACUCCACCGGAGUAUCAAGACGCUUUUGCGACAUCAGCAGCUCGACCAAACCGAUACUCAAUGAACAGCCUCACUUCACCGGUUGGUCUCACCAACCGACCGAAUCGCUCAAGCACCCAGCUCACUUCACCGAUUGCUGGUCUGGCACGUCCGUAUACCUCUCACGCCUCGAACAUGCCGCAGUCGGUUCCUGGCUCUCGCCGCCACUCUGACGACGAAGAGGACGACGACUUCAUCUUCGGCGGAUACGACGCUGGAAUUCAUCGUGCAGCUGCCAAUCCGAACCGCAAUUCCAUGCCAGUUACCACCUACGACCGCAAGCGAAACACCACAGACUUCAGCUCUGGCUUCGGGCCCCUCAACACCACGAGCUUCCUCUUCGACGACGACGACCAGCCGGCUUCACUUGCAAACAAGUCUUCGCACAAGACCACUCCACCAGACGCGAAGACCUACCUGCAGCUGCACCACACUGCAGACGGGUUCCCGAAGCUCAUCCGCCGUGACGAUAACGGUGAUCUGGUUUCUGGGCCAUCUGCAGCGCUCGACUUGGCGCUGUCAAAGACCGACAAGCAGGUAUCCGAGCGCGGAACGGCUACCCGUCACCGCAUUUCACUUCCACCCAGUGCUUUGAGCAGUGGUGGCAACAUUGCUCCACUCAACAGCAUCCUCGCAUCGGCCAACGACAGCAAGUCCGCUGCGACCAAUCGCCGCUCAAUGGAAGUCAAAUUCACCGCCGAGACCAAGCGUCCAGCACUCAUGGCUACACCGCCUCGCAACAUGGCCAACGGCAUCUUGAAGGCUCAGUCUUCUUACUCAACCAACGACAUUCCCACUCUGAAGUCCAUCAACGGCGACGCUCACACUGGUGGUGUCUCGCUCACUUCUCCAUCCACUCAGAGCAAGAACGUCUCCGAAGUUGCAUCUCCUGAGCAGUCGGCUCGCAACGGCGUCACUUCAGACUCUUCACUCGUUCGUCACAGCCAAGAGCUCACCAACCAGAACGGCAGCCUCGACUUCUACUCGACCCCUCACUCCGGCCUUCAAGGCACCGCCGCGGCCUUCGCAGCGAUGCAUGACCAGAACCAACAGCCCUUCACUUCUCCAACCAUGUCGCCGUACGCUCAGCAAGCCUACUACCCCGGCUACGGCAUGCAGAUGCUCAACAACGGCUUCAACGGCAUGAACAUCGGCAAUGGCUACGGUGGUCAAGGCCAGUGGUCCGGCCAAGGCCCAGCCUUCCAGCAGCCAGGUUACGGAGGGUACCAGCAGUUCUCGCAAGCAAUGCAGUCUGGCCCAGGCGCCGGUCGUUUCUCCGAGAACAACCGCGCGAACAUGCAGAACCGCAAGGCCAUGGCCGACGACUUCUACAGCAAUGCCAACGUCGCCGAGCUCCGUGGUCAGAUUUACGCACUGUGCAAAGACCAGCACGGUUGCCGCUUCCUGCAGAAGAAGCUUGAGGAGCGCAACACGCAGGACACGCAGAUCAUCUUCGACGAAGUCAAAGAGCACUUCUGCGAGCUCAUGAUGGACCCAUUCGGCAACUACCUCUGCCAGCGUCUGCUCGAGCACGCUUCCGAAGACCAACGCACCGCCCUCAUCUCCAUCGCCACACCAGAAAUGACCAGGAUCGCGCUUAACCAGCAUGGCACUCGCGCUCUGCAGAGGAUGAUUGAAUACAUCACUACUCCAGAGCAGACCCAGUUGAUCAUCGAUGCUCUGGAGUCCGAUGUUGUGCAGCUCAUACAGGAUCUCAACGGCAACCAUGUAAUCCAGAAGUGCCUCAACCACCUCACGCCAGAAGACGCUCAGUUCAUCUUCGACGCCGUCGCUGGUGCUUGUGUCAUCGUCGGCACUCACCGUCACGGCUGCUGUGUUCUCCAGCGUUGCGUCGACCACGCUACCGGUCUGCAGAAGGGCGCUCUUGUCGAUGCCAUCAUCGGCGAGGCGUUUGCUCUUGUGCAAGACCCGUUCGGCAACUACGUCGUGCAAUACAUACUCGAUCUGACCGAGCCGUGCUUCACCGAGCCACUCUGCCACAGCUUCCAAGGCAAGGUCGUUCAUCUCUCCAAGCAGAAGUUCAGCUCCAACGUCAUCGAGAAGUGCAUUCGCUGCGCCUCGCGCGACACCAAGCGUAUGCUCAUCCAGGAGAUCCUUCCACCGUUCGAGCUCGAGAAGCUGCUGCGCGACAAUUACGCCAACUACGUCGUGCAGACUGCUCUCGACUCUGCCGACGAAGAGUUGAAGCUUGUCUUGGUUGACAACAUUCGCCCCAUCCUCCCCUCCCUUCGUCACACCCCGCACGGCCGUCGUCUCCAGUCCAAGAUCACCGACUGGGAGGCUACGUCUGCCGGCCUCCUCCCGCCCAGCAUCAACCCACCGGCGACCGACACCUCGCACUCGAUGCCGAGCAACCACUCCAUGAUGAGCACCGCCGGCCCCUACUCCUCCCACAGCCAGCACUCCACCCACGCCCCGCACUCCGGCGGCGGCCGUGCCAACCGCAUGGGCAUGAUCGGCGCCCCGCCGGCCUGGGCCAACGCCAACUUCUCCAGCGCGUCUUCGACCUACGGCGGCCCGAACGACAUCAUCGCCCCGACUCCACAGCGCGGCCAAGACUACAACUUCCUCAACGGCGGGCAGCCCUACCAGAACCAUGCGCUCGGCAACCCGACCUUCCGCCAGGCGCCCAGCUACAAUCACUUCUAG